AUGUCCAUGGACGAGACAAAUAUACCUGGACCUUCGACUAUCGAUCUUAGAGGACAGGCUAGGGCUCAGAGGGAUAUCUCGUAUUACUUUGAGGAUGGAAGUUGUAUUUUGCUGGUUGAAGACACACUAUUCAAUGUGCAUCGUAGUCUUUUGUCUCGAGACAACUCUUCUUUCAGUACUCUGUUCACGCUUCCGCAAGGGUCGCACAAUGUUGAAGGUCUGUCUGAUGACAAUCCCAUAAUCCUUCGAGGAGACAAAUCUUCUGAAUUUCGUCACUUUUUAUGGGCGUUGUAUGCUUUGCCGCCUGAAUUACAAGUGGUGAACUCAUCGAGUGCAGAUUUGACACAGCUCAUCGAUAUUGCUCGUAUAUCCAACAAGUACUCGUUCAAGUCUCUAGAAACAUGGGCCCUGGACGCUGUGCAGGAGCAUGUGAACCGAAGACCCUCUCCUCACCAUUCAUCCUCGUCGUCAUUCUUCUCUGGGAACGAAACUCUAAAUACAAGCCCCACCCAAACUCACCUCGCGCUGAUAGAGAAUACGGAGCAGCUCACACGACUCAUUCAACUUGCCCAACUCUGUAAUCACGAACGUCUGCUGAAUUCUAUGAUUGCACUCCUCAGGCAACUUAUGAGCAGGUCUUUACAUUACGCCUAUCUUUCUAUGGCUUUGGCGGAUGAUUUGAAUCUCCGAUCUUUGAGGGGUGCUGCGUACCUGGAGGUUAUGCAGAAAGGAUCAUUCACCAGCCUGGGGAGACAACGGGGAACCGAAGAGAAUGGGGUCGACGUGCCAUUACAGAUAACACCUGCGCAACAAGUCCGCUUACUUUCCGGAUAUUGGUAUCUUACACGAACUUGGGAACGAUUUCGUUCGACUCCUCCAACGUUCACCCAUGCUCCGUCGUGUAGUGCUACUUGGCACCAGCCUGGGUGUACGCAAGCCUGGGUGGAAUUCUGGAAAGACAAGACAAAGGGCGAAGCGGUGAUGUCUUUGGGACUGGCGGAUGUUAUUGGGCGGCUGAGGCAGGUCCAGAAAGAAUACGACAGGUCGGGUCCGACGUAUAUGGCGCAUGACUGCAAGUUGGCUGCGAGAAGGAGCUUGACCGAGUGUAUUAAAAAAGUCGAGGACCAGCUCCCUGAUUAUUUUUCUGAUCAAGGUCUAGAAGACGACCUGGGAUAG